AUGCUGCGGCAGGUUCUGCACAGGGGCUUGAGGACGUGUUUCUCCCGGCUCGGCCACUUCAUUGCCAGUCACCCGGUCUUCUUCGCCUCGGCGCCGGUGCUCAUCUCCAUCCUGCUCGGCGCCAGCUUCAGCCGAUACCAGGUCGAGGAGAGCGUGGAGCACCUGCUGGCGCCCCAGCACAGCCUGGCCAAGAUCGAGCGCAACCUCGUCAACAGCCUCUUCCCGGUCAACCGCUCCAAGCACCGGCUCUACUCGGACCUGCAGACUCCCGGGCGCUACGGCCGGGUCAUCGUCACCUCCUUCCAGAAAGCCAACAUGCUGGACCAGCAUCACACCGACCUGAUCUUAAAGUUGCAUGCUGCUGUGACCAAGAUCCAGGUUCCAAGGCCUGGUUUUAAUUACACAUUCGCUCACAUAUGUAUCCUGAAUAAUGAUAAGACUUGCAUCGUGGAUGACAUAGUGCACGUCCUUGAAGAGCUAAAGAAUGCUCGGGCCACCAAUCGGACCAAUUUCGCUAUCACAUAUCCGAUCACUCACUUAAAGGACGGGAGGGCUGUGUACAAUGGGCACCAGCUUGGGGGUGUCACAGUGCACAGCAAGGACCGGGUGAAAUCCGCAGAGGCAAUCCAGCUCACCUACUACCUGCAAUCGAUCAACAGUCUCAAUGACAUGGUGGCCGAGAGGUGGGAGUCCAGCUUCUGUGACACUGUCAGACUGUUCCAGAAAUACAACAGCAAGGUCAAAAUGUACCCUUAUACUUCCUCGUCACUGAGGGAAGAUUUCCAGAAGACCAGCCGUGUGUCAGAACGCUACCUGGUCACCAGCCUGAUCCUGGUGGUCACCAUGGCCAUCCUCUGCUGCUCCAUGCAGGACUGCGUCCGCAGCAAACCCUGGCUAGGCCUGCUCGGGUUGGUGACCAUAAGCCUGGCCACUCUUACCGCAGCCGGGAUCAUCAAUCUUACUGGUGGGAAAUACAAUUCCACCUUCCUGGGAGUCCCGUUCGUCAUGCUAGGUCAUGGAUUAUAUGGGACUUUUGAAAUGUUAUCCUCCUGGAGGAAAACUAGAGAAGACCAACAUGUUAAAGAGAGAACUGCAGCAGUCUAUGCAGACUCCAUGCUCUCCUUUUCUCUCACCACUGCCAUGUACCUGGUCACCUUCGGCAUAGGGGCCAGCCCUUUCACGAACAUUGAGGCAGCCAGGAUUUUCUGCUGCAAUUCCUGUAUUGCAAUCUUCUUCAACUACCUCUAUGUACUCUCGUUUUAUGGUUCCAGCCUCGUGUUCACUGGCUACAUAGAAAACAAUUACCAGCAUAGUAUCUUCUGUAGAAAAGUCCCAAAGCCUGAGGUAUUGCAGGAGAAGCCGGCAUGGUACAGGUUUCUCCUCACAGCCAGAUUCAGUGAGGACACAACUGAAGGAGAGGAAGCGACCACUUAUGAGAGUCACCUAUUGGUAUGUUUCCUCAAACGCUAUUACUGUGACUGGAUAACCAACACCUAUGUCAAGCCUUUUGUAGUUCUCUUUUACCUUAUUUAUAUUUCCUUUGCCUUAAUGGGCUAUCUGCAGGUCAGUGAAGGGUCAGACCUUAGUAACAUCGUAGCAACUGCAACACAAACCAUUGAGUACACUACUGCCCAGCAAAAGUAUUUUAGCAACUACAGUCCUGUGAUUGGGUUUUACAUAUAUGAGUCCAUAGAAUACUGGAACACUAGUGUCCAAGAAGAUGUUCUAGAAUAUACCAAGGGGUUUGUGCGGAUAUCCUGGUUUGAGAGUUACUUAAAUUACCUUCGAAAACUCAAUGUAUCCACUGGCUUGCCUAAGAAAAAUUUCACAGACAUGUUGAGGAAUUCCUUCUUGAAAGCCCCCCAGUUUUCACAUUUUCAAGAGGACAUCAUCUUCUCUAAAAAGUACAAUGAUGAGGUUGAUGUAGUGGCCUCCAGAAUGUUUUUGGUAGCCAAGACCAUGGAAACAAACAGAGAAGAACUAUAUGAUCUCUUGGAGACGCUGAGGAGACUUUCUGUCACCUCCAAAGUGAAAUUCAUCGUCUUCAACCCAUCCUUUGUGUACAUGGAUCGAUAUGCCUCCUCUCUGGGAGCCCCCCUGCACAACUCCUGCAUCAGUGCUUUGUUCCUGCUCUUCUUCUCGGCAUUCCUGGUGGCAGAUUCUCUGAUUAACGUCUGGAUCACUCUAACAGUUGUGUCUGUGGAAUUCGGAGUGAUAGGUUUCAUGACACUGUGGAAAGUAGAGCUGGACUGCAUUUCUGUGCUAUGCUUAAUUUAUGGAAUUAACUACACAAUUGACAACUGUGCUCCACUGUUAUCCACAUUUGUUCUGGGCAAGGAUUUUACAAGAACUAAAUGGGUAAAAAAUGCCCUGGAAGUGCAUGGGGUAGCCAUUUUACAGAGUUACCUCUGUUAUAUUGUUGGUCUGAUUCCUCUCGCAGCUGUGCCUUCAAAUCUGACCUGUACACUGUUCAGGUGCUUGUUUUUAAUAGCAUUUGUCACCUUCUUUCACUGCUUUGCCAUUUUACCUGUGAUACUGACUUUCCUGCCACCCUCUAAGAAAAAAAGGAAAGAGAAGAAAAAUCCUGAAAACCGGGAGGAAAUAGAGUGUGUAGAAAUGGUGGAUAUGGAUAGUACCCGAGUGGUUGACCAAAUUACAACUGUGUGAUAGUGUCUGCUUGGUAUAUUUUCACCCUAGGUGUUAUCAAGAGCAAAGAGAUUAUGUUAAUGAAACAAUUGCAUUUGAAGUUGUUCCCAUUUUUAAGGAUAAGAAACAGGCAUUGAAAAAUUAAAGGACAAGGGGAGUGGAAAUGGGCAUGAUAUAUUUUCAAUCUUUAAAACAAAAGGGUUAUGAGAUUUAUAGACCUACAGAGAAAGAGAAACAGAGAGAGAGAGAGAGGGAGAGAGACUGAUUUACAGUCUCUUAAACUAACAUCAAAAAGAAGAAAGCUUAUUUACAAGCAAGAUCCUAUUUUAUCCACAAUGUAGAUGUUGCUGGUAUUGUGACAAAACAUACUGACUAAAAGGUCAGCUGCCAAGGCAGAAACAGCUUUUAAGUGUUGUUGAAACAGUAAGAUUUGCAGAUUCUCUGCAGAGCAGUAGCUCCAGUCAGGAUCUGUGUUUUGAGAUCUUAGCCAUCUCAUCUAGCUCCCCAACAUCUUGGGAGAUGCUUGUGAAAGUUCUGACCAACAUAAGCAGGUCAGAAGCAGACAUGGUAUAAAGUGGCCAUCACCCAUGGACUGAGAUUGAGUUAUCCCUAAAUUCACCUGGGUGAGGCAGUUUUGUUGUUUAGAAUGAAUUUGUCAUAUUUCCCCACUGAUAUACUUUUUAACACUGGUGUCGUUUGGUUAAUACACCUGGAAACCAAUGACAGCUCUAGCUUUGCAGAAUCAAGGCAACUCUAUUUUGGAAUAUCUUGUCACUUGUCACCGAACAGGUACAUUUCAGUAGUUCCAACUUUUGGCAGCAGACUCUGAGGACCCAAAACCACAGAGCCAAACCCAAACGCCUGGCAUGAUGGAGGAAAAGCAGGUGUCUACUUGAACCCAAAGACAGCACCUCUGUUGAAAAAACAAAUAGCCAGCUGAUACAGCUGUUGGUGGUUUGGCACUACAUGCAUUUUGCAUGGAUGCCCAGAAACAACAUCUGCCUGCACAUGGCUGAGGAAGGGAAAAUGAACACUGAAACAAUUAUUUGCCAUAGCUUUCAACUUGUGAUGCCAGCCUGCCUUUGCUGUGACAAAUAGAGGGAGGAAAAAAAGAUCUUUGGUAAGUCUAAGUCCUGACACUUGAAACUAUAAAAGUAUAUGGAGAUAAAGGCCUAAAAGGAAGACAGGUGGAAAUGACUGGGGAAAAGUAAUAACUAGUACAAAUACAUCAAUGGUGACAGUCAAACUUUCCUUCUAAACUGGUUGUUCCUCAACUUACUGGCCCUCCCCACUCCCCUGUUCCAGUACUGCUCUACUUCAUGACAAGGCCCUUCUGUACAUCAGCAAGCCUAGUUGGUUAUACUGUUGACUUGCAGUCUCUACAGAGGAAACAGUCCAUGGCUCAUUUUUAAACAGAAGUGGUUUGCCCUGAAGAGGCAAUGUACCUGCCCCAGACCCUUGGAUUCCUUAAAAUCUAUACAAACGAAGCUAAAACCUGGUUACAUUUGAGGCAAAUGUCUGCAGAAUUUUUCCCUUUUAGAGAUGUAGCUUCUUUAGACAUCUAUAGUGAUAAGCAUUUCCCAAAAGCAUCUUAGCUUUCUGGACCUUAGCAAAUGUACUGUGCAACUUCCCCAUCCUCAAAAGAGGAAACUGACACCUGGGACAAUAAAAUGACUCACCCAGGUCAUACCAUUAGAGGAUUCCUAUUGUUUUAGCAUGCCUUAGACAGGGCAGACCAAUUUUCAGUUUUCUCAUGAGACAGCUAUUGAGCCCCCUCAAAAUACAUUUCUAAGGAAGGAACACAAUUUUAGCCACAGGGCAGACUUUUUUUUAAUGUCUAGAAUUAAAAUGUUUGGAAUUUGGGUUUGCCAUUGUUUUUCCAAGCAGCAAAAAAGCCCAGAUGAUUCACACAUAACUAAACCAAGUACAAACUUUUGCUUUCUAUUUCAUGUACUGUUGUCCACACAGUUUUAAAUGCAUAUACAGGGGAUCGUAGGUAGUGCAUUACACACUUGUUCAGUCUCCCCUGAAGACACACUAAGUGAUCAUACCCAACAUGUUAUGCACUCAACAAGAAGAUAAUGAGCUUUAAUCUGAGGACAAGCACAGUCCUCACAAAGGGCAAGUUUGCAUAAUAGAUCUUCAAUCAAUUCUCUCUCCUAGGGGCCUGCAACUAGGCUAUUAUUUAUAAAACACAACUGAAGAGGGGAUUGGUUUUAUUCUUAAAUCAUAUGUUGCUAAAUCGUUUCCUGAACAGUGUGUUCUAAAUCACCCAUUGAUUUAGUGUCAGCCACGUGGAGCACCUCAGUUUAAAGUGACUCCAAAAACUGACACAACAUGCACACCAAUUAAACGGAUUUUGUUGAGAAUUUAAUCAUUCAAUUUGGUCAACCAGAAUAACUUACUGUGGAACUUUGUUUUAUGACAGAUAGUUUUCCAGUUUGAUUGAGUCUCUGUAUACCCUGGGAUAUUGCAUUUUAAAAUGAAGGGCAUUUUCAAAAUUGUCAACUUCUCUUUUCAGCACUUGAAAUCAAGGCUUAUGGAAUUCUGACUGUGAAACGAAUUUUUCUACUGGGGGACUAUGCAUGCAAAGACUUAUUAUUUAUUGUUAGAUAAUUAUUAUUUAUUUGUUAAUAUUUACUAUCAAUUAUUGCUCUGAUUGCAGUGGUUUAGCCCCACCAUGGAGAACACACUUUAGAAAUAACUCAGAAUCACACACCCAUAAAAAGUUACAUCUUUACUUCCUGAAGGUUUAUUUUUUGAAUUGCUACAAAGAAGGAAGGAAUGAUCCCUACAAACACUGGAAGGAGAUUUUUUCUUUCAACUAAUUCCACCCGAGACAUUAAUGUCCACUUUACCAAAGAAACAUAUUUGAUUAGCGUUGAAUUGGUGUUUGGUGUUUGUUUACCAAAGAAAAUAUUCCAUUUAUCAAAAAUAUUUCUCUCCUGUUCAAUGCAAAAACUGUGAUACUUGGGCUUUAUUGCCCAUUCAUAAGGAGUAUAAACAAAGUCAGAUAACAGUGAUAAUAUUCUCUUAGGUUCAGCAGAAGAUGUAAAUUCACAAGGAACUUAGGGGUCUGCAAGAAAGAAAAUGAUACUUGAAGCAGGGCAUUAUGCUUUAGUCCGACAGCAAUGUUCCAACAAGGCUAAUCAGGGCUCCUCAGGCUAAAAGAACUGCAGUUUGUUCGAGAGAAAAAAUAAGACAAACCCUCAUGAAAAUUCCUCCCCAAUGUUCCAGCUUAUAAGUUGUGAUUUGAGUUUCAGGGGUUGGGUUUGUGUUGUUUGCUGUUGUUUUGGGGGGUUUUGGUGUGUGUUUUGCUUUGGUUUUGUAUUACUUGUUUGUCUGUUUGCUUGUUUUGCUUCUGCCUUUCCCAAUACUUCUAACCCCUCAAUUUCAGUCAGAAGCAAGAUCGUCAGAUGCCAUCCUCCAUGGCCACAGUUAUUUAUGCAAUAUACCACCUGAAACAAGGCCCUUGAUAACCUUUUUAUUUUAACUAACCACCACCUCAUUGUAAGUGGCAUUCUGAGACCAUGACACCACUCUUCUCCAGCCCCAGUGACACAGCUUGGCUGUUUCCAUCACAAGAACAGGUGGGAUAGGAUGCUACCUUGGGAGUGUGGUAUGAGGCAGAGCCUCUUGGACACAAAUGGUAUCCUCCUCACAAUGGCUUUACUCCUUUGGGUCCUAUUCAGGUAUCCCUGUAGCUUGUGGUUGUGCUGAACCUCUGAAUCUGUUUUACCAUCUAUAGUAUGGGAUAAUAACAGGAAAUAUCUUAAAUUCAGCAACUAAUGAGUGCUGAAUAUUGCUCAGAUAUUGGUCUAGAGAAAGGGGACUCAGCAGUGAACAAAUCCAGUUUUUUAAAAAUCUGCCUGCAUACAGCACACAUUUGAUGCUGCAGGUUUGCUGUAAGAUGACAUUCAGAAGGCACUCAUGGAAAGGCAUGAUGAAGAGAAGGAACUGAAAGCAUUAUUUGUCAGUUUCAUGCCGUAGCACUAGGACUCAGGACAUGAAACUACAGAGAAGUAGAUUUAGGCUGAAGAAUUGGGCUAUAUAAAGAUAUGAUGAGUUGCUGCAGAAGGUAAUUAAUUCCCCAUCAUUUUAGGUCACUAAAAAUUAGGCUGUAUCACCACUCAGUGGGGCUAGUUUAAGAGGGUUUAUGCCCUGGAGGUUGGAGUUGGGACUGUGAUCCUUGAAAAAAUGGGAUUUAGGUAAAUAGGAGUUGAAGAUGGGGAGGGGAUGGCACUUAUUAUUUAAUAACCAUGCCUGGUUUGUCUAAAGACAUUUGAACAUUCCCUUUGCAUAAUUUGCUUUUAUAAGUUUGGGUUAAAUAAAAAAGCACCAAAUAUUGAAGACAUAAAGUUCCUAUGUUUUUUAAAGUAUGGUAAAUCUGCAAUGCAAAGGAAAAUAUUAAAUUAGUGCUGUACUGGAUGAGUUGGCAAAGAACUGAGAAUGGCUACAGCUAGCACAUUGCAGAGUUCCUCCCUGUGGUGGUUACAACUGUUUAUUUCUGUUUCAUGCCAAUCCAGGGGAAAGCAAAGAGGAGAGUGAAUGGGCUAGAAUCUGUUCACCUGAAGAGGCAGUGUCAGGAUUUCCUCCCUAGCCUGCUUCAUCUGCCCUCCUUCUGCCCAUGUGACCUGUUUGAAAUCCUCUUUGAUAUCUAUGAGGGUGCCAUGCAAGGAAGAAGUUGGCCAGAGAGCUAUGCCCUCUGUGUAGACUUUUUAGUCAGAUUAAAAUUAGUACCACAAGGAUUCGAAGGAGCUCACCUGGUGGUGAAGGAAGGCUUCAAAGUACAAAGAAAACAAUGAGUAUUGAGGAGGCAACCCACAGAGGAGCCUUGGUGGAAGGAGUGAUGUUCCUGUGGAAUGUGCCAGCUUCUCCCUCCAGAAUGUUGACAGCAGAUGAGUAUUGGGACAGAAGCUUACCCUCUCAUUUUUCACAUGAGAAAACUGAAACCUGGAGAAGUGAAAUUAUGUUCACAGAGCUAGUCAGCAGCAGAUAGAGGACUAUAAUUGAAGUCUAGUUUCUAGUCUCAGUUCCUUCUCCAUUCUGCCACUUUACUGCCAAAUUCUGUGUAUCUAAAUUAUGGGGUUUUAACCUGGAGGUCAUGAAUGAGUUGGUGGGAGGAGGGACUCUGAGCUCCCUAAAAUUAAAUUACAUGCAAAAAUGUGUGUAUGUGUUCGAUAUGUGCAUUUUCCUAAAGAGACGGUUCAUAGUUGUCAUCAGAUUCCAAAAGAGGUCUGUGACCCAAAAGGGGUAAAGAACCACUGUCCUAAAUUA